UCCGCACACCCCAUCAUGGCGCUGCGGCGGCCGGAGGUGCUCCGGCUCCUGCUCCUGCCCCUGCUCGGCUGCAAACUCUUGGCUGUGGAGCUGACAUCCAGCAACACCAAGCCCGUGGUGCAGGAAUUCCAAAGUGUUGAGCUGUCCUGCAUCAUUAAAUCCACGGUGACACCAGAUCCCAGAAUCGAGUGGAAGAAAAUCCGAAAUGGAGAAACCUCUUAUGUGUUUUUUGAAAACAAAAUGCAGGGAGACUUUGCGACACGGGCAGAGAUUCUGAGCAGGACGUCCCUGGUGAUUAAGAACACCACGAGGAUGGACACGGCCACGUACCGCUGCGAGGUGGCUGCACCCUCCGACACCAAAACCAUCGAUGAGAUCAACAUCCAGCUCACAGUCCAAGUGAAACCCAUGACCCCCAGAUGCUCUGUGCCUAAAGCUGUCCCUGUUGGCAAGUCAGCCUCUCUUCACUGCCACGAGAACGAAGGUUUCCCCAAAUCCACCUACAGCUGGUACCGCAACAGCGAACCUCUGUCACCUGACAGCAAAUCCAGCACCAAAUCCCACAACUCCUCCUACACCCUGAACCCCGCCACAGGCACUCUGGUUUUCCACGCAGUGCACAAAGGUGACACAGGUCGUUACUCCUGCAUAGCAACAAACGAUGCUGGCUUUGCCAAGUGUGAGGAGCAGGAGAUGGAAGUCUAUGACCUCAAUAUCGGAGGGAUAAUCGGGGGAGUCCUGGUGGUCCUCGCAGUCCUGGUGCUCAUCACCCUUGGGAUCUGCUGUGCCUACAGAAGGGGAUACUUUGCAAAUGGCAAAGAGAGUGGGGAAAGCUACAAGUCUCCAGCAAAGCCUGAUGGCGUUAACUAUAUCCGGACAGAUGAUGAGGGUGACUUCAGACACAAGUCUUCAUUUGUCAUCUAAGAUGCCAAAAGGAAAUUGCAAACCAGCAAAAGCAAGUGUGAAAAUACCUCCUCCAGGAACUCCAAGCAAGAGCAAAAGAUUAAUUAAGUGCGCUUGGAAGAGUUUGGAACACACAAGAACUCGAUAGCUAGCUAUCUGUAUAUCUUUUUUUUCUUUGCCAAAGUUUAAAGUAACUCCUCACUGCCCAACUCGCGUCUCCCCUGCCUCUGGAGAUACCAACAGGAUCACCCAAACUUGUCCUUGGACUAAGGAAAGGUUUUAAUCCUUCCCAAGAGACUGGGCUGUGGAAGUUUGUGGAAUUGCCUUCUCUUUGUGCUGCAGGGACACAGCCACAAUGUGCAAACCAAGCAGGGGCACAGCAUUAGGUGAACGUGUAGCAGACAUUACCAGUAAUGUGUUACCAGUAGACAAAAAAAAGGUGCUGAAACAGCAUUAGAUGGACUUCAAAGAGUGGGAUUUGGGGGAUUUCCUCCCAGCAGCUCAUUGCCCAGGCCUAGCUGGUGACUUUUCCACACCUGUGAUUGUCUUGUGCUGGGCUCUGACUGCUCAGGUGCACAGGGGGUCUGUGCCCAGCCAGCAGUGACAGUGAAAACACCACUAAUGCCCUCAGCCCUUCUGAAACCGUCCCCAAAUGCUGUUAUUUAACACCACCCCCAGGGCAGGGGCACUGCCUCUGCUCCCUGCUUGCCAGGACUCAUUGCACGCAGGUAACCCCUCCUUCUAAUCUGCACAAAGCAGGCUUGGCUCCUGCGUCUUUCCGUGGGGAAAGAGGCUUAGAGGGGAGGCACAGAACCAGUGCUAAGACAUCCCUUUCAGGAAAAUUAAAGCCAAAUAAUUUCCUGGGCUAAGAUUGCCAUAAAAGGUACUGAGAGAUCCUCCAGCUUUUUUUACCUUCUCCGUUUAUUUUGUAAAACCCCACCUUCUAAAUUUUUUGCAAAGAUCUAUUUUGAUUACUUCAGAAAAGGUAACAUUUCUAUUUAAAAGUGUAAAUAACGUGAUGCCAGCGGUGUUUGAGUAACGGAGCUAUUUUUUUACUGUUGAAGCUACAAGAGAGGAGCUCACACGUUGCUACAGUGUGGCACUGUCAGAGCAUAUCAGUAUUAGUGCAAAGUGUAACAAAAAGCUGCAGGUGGAACAGCAUCUCUUUCCUCUUCAGCCAGCUUCAGCCAUUUCCUUGUCACAAGAGGUCUUACCAGACACAGAACAGAGUCACUCAGGGAUAGUUUUUGUAAAUUUAUGGCAGGAGCUAUCAACUUUUUUUAUAUGAGAAAAAAAAAAAACAAAACAAAACCAACCAACCUUUUCUUGCCAGUGACCAACACUUUGUUUUUGUCGUUGCAAGAAAUAUCCAGGGAUGGCUUUUGGACUCAGUUCCAAAGAGGUGACAGAGUGACUUCAGUUUUUGCUGCCCCUCUGCAAGUUCCCUAAAGCACUAACACAGCGUGACAGCUACAGCAGCUUGGCAGGUUUAAACCACACGGCCAAGGCCACUGUUUCUGGGGUUGGGAAAGCAAAAGCUCAACACAAAAGCACUUUCAUAGUGUCAGCUGCAAUUUUUCUUCAGAUGGUAAAGGAAAAAAAAUAAAAUAAUAAAAAUAAAACCAACCAAAUUUGGUUCUCUUGGCUUUAGAAAGAAUAAUGGGGAACACGUGUUUCCCAAAAUAUCUGUGUUGAUAGUGUUGAACAGCAUUGAGUGAGACCAGGCUGCAAGAUGUGGAUGCAACACUAGGACUGUGCUGUGGUUUAGGAAGUUUUUUAAUGUAGCAGAAUUUAGUGUUCUUGUAUUUCCAAUAUAAAUUGAGUUGUCUUAACUUUUCCUGUAUACAGUAUUUUGGAUACUUGAC